AUGGAAAAGCCAAAUUAUGAAAUUGUACUAUUAACUUCAACAAAAAUUAUCAUUCCAUCAAUAUUAGUAACUGAUCUCAAAAAAAUUAGAAAUGCAAUUUCAAAUCUUUAUGAACAUGAUGUUGAUAAUUUGCUGAAAACAAUUAGUUUGUCAGUUGACAGGGAAAAGUUAUCUAAAGAUCAUUUCUUAGCCAAUGGAAUUUUAUAUUAUGAAAAUUUGAAAGAAAAUAAUAGCAUCAUUUAUGAUUCCUUGGAUUUGGAUAAAAAAAUAAUUGAUGCUGCUGAAAAAAAAUUUAUAUCAUCUUUUCUUGAAAAUUCAGAAACAGCUACCUGUGAUAUAUAUG